AACACGUCAUGUUGAGACCCGACUCUUAUGUUGGUUCCCUUGACUCUUUAAAAGAAAAGAUGUGGGUUAUUGAUUCUGAAACGGAAAGGCUUGUUUCCAGAGAAAUUACCUACGUACCAGCAUUAUAUAAAGCAAGUCGGUUUGAUGAUGACAUAAUUGUCCUCAUAAAAAAGCGUGUAUACGGCUGGGAGUGUUGA